ACACGAGCAUUAGUGAAACAAAUGAAGAAAAUAAUUAACAUUCUGCUCAGCAGAUUCGCCAUUAAAGUUUUGAUUUAAUUUGACAUUAUGAAGAUUAAAGUUAACAUUUUGCCGGUAUCAAAAUUUAAAGCUAGGGAGGGCAAGAACUCUAGAUUCGAUUUUCGCAAACUAGGCCUCAAGUACUGUGAUCUACCAACUAUGAUAGACAACGUAGCCAUAUUCCUCAGGGUGUUGACUCUUAAUAUUGAUAAUAGGCACAAGGAACGUAAGUAUCGAAUACCCCUCUGGUCCUAUCUCGUCACCAUCAGCACAGCUUCAGCGUACUUCUUCGUGUUCGUAGUCUCAGCCAUUUGGUUCGUGAAGGAGCGCUGCGUGGCCGAACACGACCUUUUGAAAGGCAUCAUUAUGUUCUCGCUGUGCGUCUCGAGUGAGAUCGGCAAUGCUAAGGAUAUUAUCAGAAAAAUUGUAGAUGAGAGUUUAGAGUUUGAUGCAAAAAUAGUUCCCGGGAGUCGGUUUUCUAAUAACGUUUUGAAAUCUAUGAGAAAGGCGAAGUUACGGGCCAUGGUUUACUGGUUCAUCAUCAUGGGGAAUGGCAUGGCGUAUGUUGGCAAGCCGCUCUUCACUCCUGGGGGACAUUUUAUGGAUAAUGUCUUUACUAUUUAUGGUAUGAUUGAGAUCACUGACAAAGCACUUCUGCUGACAUCUGACAACUCCAGUUCAGAAGGUAAUAUCAUUAGCAGUGCAAUUAAGCUUAGAUUUUUCAUCUUGACAGGUCUAGAACCGAUAGAGAAGUCUCCUAACUUCGAGUUUGGUUACGCCCUAGUCGCUGCCAGCGUCUGGUUCCUUUGCUAUGUCCCAGCCAACGUCACCUCCGUACUCAUAGUCUUCGCGGGCUACAUCGAGGCACAAAUGCUGGCCCUCACCCAAGAACUGCUCCACAUCUGGGCCGACGCCGAACAACACUACGCCAAUAUCAACCUUAACACCCUAAAAAGAGGAACGUUUGUCGACGCCAAAUACAAGAAAAGAGUCAUCAACGAGUUCAUAACUAUGCGACUCCAUGAUAUAAUAAGGAAGCAUGCGACGAAUGUGCACAUUCUACAUUUGCUGGAAGAAGUAUUUAAAGGGGCGAUAGCUUUCGAAUUCCUGUUCCUAAUAAUGGGUUUGAUAGCUGAGCUGCUGGGUGGUCUGCAGAACACGAUUCUGGAGAUGCCGUAUGCGUUUGUGCAGGUAGCUAUGGACUGUUGGACUGGCCAGCGAGUAAUGGACGCCAGUGCACAAUUCGCAGCAGCUGUGUACGCUUGCAACUGGGAGAUGUUUGACGUCCCGAAUAUGAAGAUUGUACUGCUGAUGCUGGCUAGUGCACAGAAGACCAUGAAACUCUCUGCUGGGGGCGUGACGAUGCUGAGUUUCGAAUGCCUCAUGAGUGUCGUUAAGAAUAUUUAUUCCGCCUACACGACACUGCGAUCUGCUUUUACUAUUAACACGCAUGCACAUUAG